GAUGAAAUUAGUGAUUAUACUUUUGCUUUGUCAUAUGCUAUAUUGUGUAGAUGUUGAUAAAAACACCUUCUCUAAUUAUAAGGACGUGAAAACACAACAUCUUCACAUAGAGUGGCUAUUGAAUCUGAAUGAUAAAGUAAUUGAUGGAUCUGUGGAAUACACAUUGAAGGUUUUUGCAAGUUAAUUGACUGAAGUAAGAACGAUGUGCUAUAGUAGGUUCAUUUGGAUAUUUAUAAAAUGAAUAUCCUGUUUGUCUAUUAUCCAAGCAAUGGUCAAGUGUUGAAACAUCAUGUAGAAUAUGAUCCAAUUCAAAGUGAGGAGUAAGGGGAUAAAUUGGUGAUCGAAUUAGGGUAGGCGUAUAAGUAUGGUGAAAUUGUGAAAUUCAGAAUCAAGUAUCAAAUUGGCGAGGAUGCUAGAGCACUUAGCUUUAUGGAUCCUUCCUAAACAGAUGAUAAAAGUAUAUAGAAUAAUAAUUAUGAUUAGAGGCCCCAUAUUUAUUUUCGUAAUGUGAAGCCAACAAUUGUAGAUCGAUGAUUCCAUUACAAGAUACUCCAAGCAUCAAAUUUACAUAUUCAGCCACAGUGAUCACUCAAUCACCAUUGAUAAAUGUGUUUAUGAGUGGAAAUAGAUUGUAAACUCAGAAAUUCGAAUUGAUGGGCAAUUAUGACUUGAAUUCUAUUGCCAACAUCUUUCAAUUUGAAUUAAACAUCAAGAUUCCAGCGUAUUUGAUAGCUAUCGUUGCAGGUACAGUAGAGGAAAGAUCAACUGGAACAAGAACAGCUGUUAUCUCUGAAUCUAAAAAUAUUUAGAAAUACAAAGACGAAUUAGAAGACUUAGAUCAAUAUGUGUAGUACCUUGAGGAUUAUAUUGGUGAAUACAAAUGGGGAUCUUACAAGAUCGUGAUCUUACCAGCUUCAUUCCCUUUCGGAGGUAUGGAGAAUCCCCUCUUAACCUUUGCUAAUCCUACAAUUAUAGUUGGAGAUAAGAGUGGAGUGAGUGUUGCUGUCCAUGAGAUUGCUCAUUCUUGGUUUGGAAAUACAAUCACAUGCAACAAUUGGUCCAAUAUGUGGAUUAAUGAGGGAUUUUGUGUUUUUCUAGAAAGAAAAGGAUUGAAGACAUUGUUCAAGGAUAUCAAUUUGGUUCAUGUUAAUUCUUAGGUUGGAAAUAACGAAAUGAACACAUUGAUCAAAGAGUUCAAUUCCAGUUAAGAUGACUUUGUCAAAUCAUAUGCUAGUUUACAUCCAAAGACUGAAAAUCAUAACGCCGAUGAUAGUUUUAGUGUAACUAAUUCAUGUUGUAUUUAAGACUAUUCCUUACGAAAGAGGAUUCCAAUUAUUGUAUUACCUUGAAAAAUAAAUCAAUGAGACCAGAUUCUAAUAAUUAUUGAAGGACUGGUUGUAAGAAUACGAAUAUAAGAGUGCAGAUGAAAGUGAUUUCUACAGAUUCAUGAUAUCGUGGUUAAAGGUUUAGUUGAGUGCUGAAGAAUUCACAACAGUAAAAAAGAGCAUUGAUAAUGUCUACAAUAAGUGGAUUUAUGAUUAUGGUAAGCCACCCAUAGAAGAGACCUUUGAUAACCCUGCAUCUAAAGAUGUGCUCCAAUUAGCAAAUGCCUGGAUUGAAGGCAAGGGAACUAAGCCUUAAAACUAUCAAAUCUUUGAUGGCUUUAAAUCAAAUCAAAAACAAUUAUUCUUGUCCACUUUAUCAGCGUUAGCUAAGGAUAUUACAGAGGCAAUUAUGGUCUCCUUGGAAGAUGCUUAUCAUCUUAGUGAUUUGCGUGAUGCCGAACUGUUGUUCAGAUGGUAUGCUUUGUCUAUUAAUACCAAAUAUGCCAAGGAUACAACAAAUCUAUAAAAGAUUAGGGCCUUUGUUGGAGUCGUAGGAAGAAUGAAGAUGGUGAAUCCUAUUUAUAAGGCUUUAAAUAAGUAAGGGUUUUAGUAUUAUGUUAAAUAGGGAAACUGCAACCUAAUGGUACCAGGAGAAUUAUGCAUUCUAUCAUCCAUUGACCAGACAAUCGAUAGAGAGCAUCAUAAAGAGCAAAACUAUAAUAAUAUGAUA